AUGUAUUCCUAUAGCUGAUAUCUAUAAGCCUUUCACUGAAUAAGAAAAUGUUUUCCUUUCUUGUAGUUCUGAUGUCUGCUCUGCAGGUUGUGAUUUGUAUUGAUGACUCACUUCUACAGUGUAACAGCAGCUGUGCGGUGUAUGACUUCAAAUAUUUCGUUGACAAACUCCUGCAGCAAGAAAGAGAGCUCAGCACCUAUCAGAGUUUAACCAAUUGCUCUGCUGUGGCACUACAAGCUCAAAUAGAAGCCAUCAGGGCGGAAUUAUUUUACCCCCCUUUGAACUACGGCGGAAUGAAGUACAUUAUAUCUAAAGUUCCUUUUUACAAUGCUGAUCAUGCCAUAACUCGUUGCGGGGCUUUUGGUGGCUACCUGGCGGAAAUUGACGACACGGAUGAGUACACCGCGCUGAAGAACUAUCUAGACAUCACACCAAACGUAAACAUUGUAAUGAUCGCUGGAUCUGAUGCUGUAACAAGAGGAACCUGGUUGUUUCAGCGUACUGGUCAACCUGUGCCUGUUUUAGCUUGGGCUCCUAAGCAACCUACCCUCAAGGGCCAGGAAAAUUGCUUAAAUUUAAGGAAAGAUUUCGGCGGUCUAAUGAUGGACGUGGAAUGUGAUUAUGUAAACUUCGAUUCCAGUUUCAUGUGUGAGCUGCCCAGUGUGUCCUGAUGCACUGGACUUUGACGCGGGGGCAAAAUAUUUCCGUAUUUUUCUCUUAAACUUUUUCUCUUGUUAUGAAUUCUUAGAACAUCUUGACGAAAAAUUGUUAGGAAUUUUUUUUUUAAUUAAAACUUAUUUUCAUAUUUGAACAUGUAAAAAAAUAAAAUACAUAUAUUUGUAUUAA